AUGUUUCGAAAAAUGUACUGGAAGCACAUUCUGGUCGGCGAUUUUGUUCACAUCUCCAACGAGCAAGACAUACCUGCCGAUGUGCUGUUCUUGAGCAGAACAAACGGAGCGACCAGGAUAUCUGGAUAUAACGUAUUGGAGCUCACACCCCAAACAAAACUUGCGUCUUCAGAUCUUCCGACGAGAAUGGCAGCUGCUUUGUGGAAACCUGCAACCUGGAUGGUGAGACAUGGCGACUUCGUUGAAGCAGCGAAUGGUGCCUCGUCACUACUUGCCUUUUUCCCAGGUGAUUAUCGGAGUCUACAUCAGGACUGCAACUUCAUACCGCCUCAUUUCACCGGAACUGUGUUCUGUGAGCCUCCUGACCCAGCGAUCUACACUAUUCGUGCGAAAAUCGAGCGCGCGCCAGGCUCUUUCGAGCUGAUCACCAAAGACAAUAUGCUGCUUCGGGGAAGUCGACUUCGCAACACCACAUUCAUCGAAGGAAUAGUACUGUAUGCAGGUCACGACACGAAGGUUAUGAUGAAUAAUGGACGAGCUCCACAUAAAAUCUCGUUUUCUUCGUCUUCUUCAAUUCUGACCUUCAGAUUCAUUUUGUUGUGCAUGGUAAUUCUAACGCUCAUGGUCAUCGGCAGCGCACUAAUGUCUGGGGUCUGGCUGGGCCAACACCCUUCAUCAAGAAACGCUAGCAGUGUCACAGCGGACCCGUACGUCGCCUGGAACUCUCCCAAGCCGGCCAUCGAUGGUGUCUACAACAUCGGCGCUUUUCUUAUUUGUUAUCAGGUCAUCGUACCGAUUUCGUUGUAUAUCACUGUCGAAAUAAUCAAACUUGCCCAAAUUUUCUUCCUCAGCCAGGACAUUGAACUGUACGCCCCGGACGUGGACCGUGCAAUAGACUGCAGAUCGCUGAAUAUCCCUGAAGAGCUUGGCCAGGUUAGCCAUGUGUUAUCCGACAAAACAGGGACUCUCACCGAAAAUGUCAUGAUCUUUCGGAAGUGCGCUUUUGAUUGUAUCGAUUAUGGUCCGGAUAAGCAACUGAGGGAUUGCGAUCAAUCGGAGCCCACUGUCUCACUUGCCCUUCGUGACAGGGUGAAAUCGGACUGGCAAACGAACACACACAUGAAGCACUUUUUCCUGAACAUGGUACUGAACAACUCUGUGGUGGUCAACACGGUGCCUCACCACGACGCAUUGGAGGUCGGCUUUUUCGAAGGCGGCGUUUACAACAUAGGAAAUUCGUCAUUUUAUGACAUCACCGCUGAGCAAUUUAAAGAAAUGGUCGAUCAGGUCAAGAGCCACACUGCGCCACCUUCCAGGUAA